CCACAUUAGAUUCACAGCAACUGCAAGCCAGCAGCAGCCCGAGCUCUGAAUCUGCCAUAUAGAAGUGAGAGAGCGAGAAUUUGACCAAUCCAAGAUUGUCAUUUCCUCGUCAUUUCUUCAUCUCCAUUUUUAGCACUCAACCCUAAAGAUUCCACUUUUCACGCCCAGAUGAUUCCCUUCUCUAACUUGCACAUUUUUGCAAUCCAGAACCCAGAAUUUGCCAGUACAUAAUUCAAGCAAAAUCUCUAGGCAAGUACAGAAAUGGGCAAACUUGAUUUACUUCUUCCCUUGUUUCUCUCUCUUUUUGCCAUUUUCUCCCCUACCCAUGAAGCAGAAAUCACUUCUCUUCCUCUUGCCCAAAAUAAUUUGUCAUCUCGAUGCCCCAUGGACCUUAACUAUGUCUUGACAAUCCCAUGGAACAAAACUGCUUGUCAAAAUUACCAGCCAUCCAAAAAUAAGACUGCCAAUCUCCCAAGUGACGUGACCAAUAAGGAUCCAUGUUGCACAGGUCUUCUUCAUCUCUUCGGGGUAGGCCUCGCUCAGCAUCUCAAAGAAACCUCUCUGUUUCAGCUUCCGAGCUUACCCACCUCUGUUUCUUGCCUUCAAGACUAUCAAGCAAAGCUCAGCUCUCUUUCUUUUCCUGAUGAUAUUGUGUCUCACUGUUUCAAUCCUAUGGAGUUUGUCUUAACUCCUAAUAUAUGUGCCCAUGUGCAGACUACUCAGGAUUGGGUUGCUGAAUUGGGUAAAUCAACUGUGCUUGACUCGGCUUGCAGGCCUGAUCUGGUUGACCUUACAGCUUGCAGUGCAUGUGUAACAGCUGGGUUUAAGGUUCAAUCCGAUUUGAUAUUAAUCGAUGGUAAUGCAACUCAUGCUACAGAUUGUUUUUACUUUACAGUUCUGUAUGCUGCUGGUAUUGUUAAUGAGUUUGGUCCUGAAAGUAAUGGUGCUGUGACAUGUAUAUUUGGAUUGGACUUGGAUUCUAAUAUGGGUUCAUCUAACAAAGGUCACUCUGCUCUUGUUUUUGGCUUGACUGGUGCUAGUGUUGCUGUUUUGGUCAUGUCUAGUUUGUUAGGAGUAUGUUUUUGGUAUGAUAAGAAAUGGAGGAAGAAAAGUAAUUCUAGUUUUCCCUUUGAUUUGGAGGAACCAGAGUCGAGGCCAAGACUGAGGCCGAAUACUGGGUCAAUUUGGUUCAAGAUUCAUGAUCUUGAGAAAGCAACGGGAAAUUUUUCGCAGAAGAAUUUUAUUGGCAGAGGAGGGUUUGGUAUGGUUUACAAGGGAACAUUAUCUGAUGGGUCAAUAGUAGCCGUUAAAAGGAUUAUAGAAUCUGAUAUUCAAGGUGAUGCAGAAUUUUGCAAUGAAGUUGAGAUUAUUAGCAAUUUAAAGCACCGGAAUCUGGUGCCUCUCAGAGGAUGUUGUGUAGUUGAUGAUGAUGAUGAAAAUUAUACUGAGAGAGGGAGUCAAAGGUAUCUUGUUUAUGAUUACAUGUCUAAUGGGAAUCUUGAAGAUCACUUGUUUCCAGCAUUUGAUGAUCAAACCAGGAAGAAACUAUUGACAUGGCCUCAAAGGAAGAGCGUAAUUUUGGAUGUGGCAAAGGGAUUAGCUUAUUUGCACUAUGGAGUGAAGCCUGCAAUAUAUCAUAGAGAUAUUAAAGCAACAAAUAUAUUGUUAGAUGCUGAUAUGAGAGCAAGAGUGGCUGAUUUUGGGUUGGCAAAGCAGAGUAGAGAAGGUCAGUCUCAUCUUACCACAAGGGUGGCAGGAACUCAUGGAUACUUGGCUCCUGAAUAUGCUCUUUAUGGGCAACUGACUGAGAAGAGUGAUGUUUAUAGCUUUGGCAUAGUUGUUUUGGAGAUAAUGUGUGGGAGAAAGGCUCUUGAUUUGUCUUCAUCAGGGCCACCACGAGCUUUUUUGAUCACUGACUGGGUUUGGUCAUUGGUGAAAGCUGGAAAAGUAGAAGAUGCCUUGGAUGUUUCUUUGCUAAGAGAUGGGGAUUUUUCAAUUUCAAAUCCAAGGACCAUAAUGGAGAGGUUUGUGCUUGUUGGGAUUUUGUGUGCUCAUGUGAUGGUGGCCUUAAGGCCUACUAUAUUGGAUGCUCUGAAAAUGUUGGAAGGGGAUAUUGAAGUUCCACCUAUCCCUGAUCGGCCAAUGCCUCUUAGCCAUCCGUCAUCUUUUGGUGAUGGCUUCACCAUCUCCCCAGCACUGAGUUUUCCACAAGUGAAUAGUGGAGACAUGCUCAGGAAUGUGCUCGUGAAACUGUUAUUGACUGUUGUUGAUACUAUUGAAAGCCAGAUGUUUAGCUUAAAUCAGACCAUGAAGAAACUGCAGGACAAUCUGCUACUUAAUGUCAAAUGGAUAGCAGAAAAGAAGGCACUACCUGAGAGAAGCUAUGAUGCAUGACCUUGCUUACUUCAUCAUGAUGCUUCUGCAGGAAUGCAAUGAGCAGAAUUAGACUGAUUCAACGAAAGAAAGAGGAUAUGGGGGAGAAGUUUACUGGAGGCUUGGAAACUGUGGCAUGAGCAGGUGGCCUAAUGCAUAGAAAAAGUUGAUUAUCUUAGAAAGAGACAUUGCAUAGAAAAUUCUUAAAGGCAAGUGGAUAAAUUUUUAUAAGCCUUUUUUUUCUUUGUUUUAUCUUUUUGGAUCUUGCAUAAGCAUUUACUUGGUUGCUGCUUGCUAGACAUUUCUAAGUUGUUGAUUGAUGAAUGAAAUAAAUAUUUAGAUAAAGUGAGAGAGCUUCUUCUUCGCAUCUCCCGAAUUGAAUCUUUUUUCUUUUCCUAUGUUUUCCUGGUAAUGGAUGUCACCAUCAUAGCAUACUAAUAAAAGGCUCUGUUCACACAUAAUUAAAUCAGCAUGCCUGUCGAACAUCAGAAUUGUGAAACAUUUGAGUCCUGCAUGUUUUGCAGAUUGUACGUAUAGUGCAUCUUCAAAAUGAUCUAAUAUCCUGUACUAUCAAAUCCUUCCUAGCCCCUUUGCUGGUUCCCACCAUAUGCAUAAGUGGAAUCAGCAUUAUGAAGUGGAAUAUAAAGGAGAGACAUGUGAAUUUCUGCGUUCAUUUCGAUGAAGGAACCUAAUGAACUUCUCCAGGAAUUUUAGCCUGCGGAUGGGGUAGAGUAACCCAGUGGUAGAUCCAACAACAAAUCCAAAAGUGAGUCCAGCAAUAAGUCCAAAAACAAGCGUGUUUUCUGAAGAUUCUUCAGGAACAGGACUGGUGGUUUGGGGUUGAUCUGAACAAGAAUACUGCACAAUUGAACCGCAUAAUCCUGGAUUCCCCGAGAAACUGGAGACAGGAAAAGUGUCAAACUGGCCUCCUGAAGGCACCGGUCCUUCAAGGUUGUUGUCUGCAACACUGAAUGAAGACAAGAAAUUCAGUCCUUUGAAUGAUGCAGGUAUUUCACCAGUUAGAUGGUUUCCAGAGAGAUCCAACUUCUCUAAGUUGGUCAAUUUAGAUAGUUCACUGGGAAUGCUUCCAGAGAAGUUGUUGUUACUAAGAUCCAACACAUGAAGGAGCUUCAACUGGCCAAGCUCGACAGGGAUAUUGCCCCUAAGGUUAUUAUUUCUUAUGUAUAUUGCUGGUGGUAGGUGCGAGAGCUUAAUGUAUUGUUGAUAGUUAGGAUUGAUAGCAUUGUUGGUCUGUACAAGGACAGGCGCCUCUAGAUAGGUCGUGUCUACUGCAUACUGCGCCUCUGUUGAUGCCAAUGCCGGCAUUAAGUUAAGCUCCCUGGGGAAUUCACCUGAUAUGAAAUUACUACUCAAGUCUAUGUAAAAAAGGCUUGGUUGACUUAUUAACCAAGUUGGAAUUGAACCGAUGAUUCGGUUGAAUGAUAAGUCCAAGACCUGUAGUUUCUGAAGCUUAGCUAGCCAACCUGGUAUCUGAC